CACCGCAACAUGGCUGCUACCAUCGAGUGCGGCGCUGAUACAAACACUUCAGAAAACAGCAUGUCCGUGAAAAAGGCGCUGUCCGCAGUUUCUCCCCUCACUUUGCGAAUCGUUGCUGAAUGCCCGGUGACGAAAGCAAGAGCGUGUGAUCUAAUGCUGCCACACAGUGCUGUCAGCACCCCGGUUUUCAUGCCUGUCGGCACUCAGGGGACCAUGAAGGGGAUCACUGUGGAUCAGCUGGAUGGUCUUGGCUGUCAGAUUUGUCUUGGAAACACAUAUCACCUGGGCAUGAGACCGGGGCCUGAUUUAAUUGAGAAAGCCAAUGGUUUACAUGGAUUCAUGAACUGGAAGAGGAAUCUUUUAACUGACAGCGGGGGGUUUCAGAUGGUGUCUCUCGUUGAGCUCUCGGAGGUCACUGAGGAAGGGGUGAAGUUCAAGUCCCCCUACGAUGGCAAAGAGAUCCUCCUGAGUCCUGAGAAAUCCAUCAGCAUACAGAACAGUCUCGGGUCAGACAUCAUGAUGCAGCUGGAUGAUGUGGUAAGCAGCACCGUGACAGGACCACGGGUGGAGGAGGCAAUGCACAGAUCCAUUCGCUGGCUGGAUCGAUGUAUAGCAGCCAAUAAAAAUCCAGACAAACAAAACCUUUUUGCCAUCAUCCAGGGAGGACUGAAUGCAGAGCUGCGCAAAGCCUGUCUCGAUGAAAUGACUCAACGUGAUGUUCCUGGUUUUGCCAUCGGAGGACUGAGCGGAGGAGAGGAGAAGGAUGACUUCUGGCGGAUGGUCACUCUGAGCACUGACCACCUGCCACGAGAAAAGCCGCGAUACCUCAUGGGUGUGGGGUAUGCUGUGGAUUUGGUGGUGUGUGUAGCUCUGGGAUGUGAUAUGUUCGACUGUGUGUUUCCCACCCGCACUGCAAGGUUUGGCUCUGCCUUGGUGCCUUGGGGAUCUCUCCAAGUGAAACAAAAGCAGUAUGCCAAGGACUUCCAGCCCAUAGACCCAGACUGCCAGUGUCCCACCUGCAAGAGACAUAGUCGGGCUUACCUCCAUGCUCUGUUCAAGAGCGACACUGCAGCCAUGCAUCACAUCACCAUCCACAACAUUGCCUACCAGCUCACCCUGAUGCGCUCUGUGAGGCAGAGCAUUGUGGAGGGCCGCUUCCCCGAGUUUAUACGGACGUUCAUGAAGCGAAUGUUUCCCUCUCGCGACCAGUACCCCAGCUGGGCCGUGGACGCUCUAGCCUCUGUCAACGUUACAUUGGAUUAGAGCUUGGGAGGCAGCCGUCUCGCUCCAAAUGGGGAUGUCAAACAGUGACUGAAAGCUUUUAUAUCUUUUUAAAUGACUUUUUUUAUGGAUGAUUGUUUUCCACUCUUUGUUUAUAUUUGUAUAUGUAUUGCCAGUUUUGUUGGCAAUGAAGAAAAUGGCUUUUGAUCUGAAGGGAUAAAGCCAGAUUGUCUUUUGCUUUACUCAGCCUCUGCAAAUUGUCCUCAGAGUACACAUUAUCAUAAUGUGAGACUGAAUGGGGUUUAAAUGAGGUUUGAAACACAUGAACUAUCUCCUCUGAUAUGCGCCGACACUUUUUGUUGUUACCAUGGCUACAGAGCCAGGCGCACCCACUUGAAAUGUUUCUGCCUUCCUGUCAACCCCCGAGCACAUUACAGAGGUAUUUCAUUUUUUGCCAAAAGCACAAGAUUAAUAAAUGUAUGUGUAUUCUGGUGUUUUAACCUACAUCCUAACAGACUGCUAACUGUUUGAACAGAUGAAUGAAUUCAGCUCGGUGCAGAUUGUGUGUGUGCAUGUGUCGUGAUGACCACCAGAGGGCAAAAUAGACAAUACCAGAACAAAGUGACUGUAAAAGUGAAUGAUAUGCUGUGUAAGUUUCCUGGUAGAGUAAAAAGCAGAUCAGCUGUUUCUAAGUAAAAAUGAAAGUAAAAAUA